AUGGCAAACAACGGCCCAGCUAUCAAGAGUGAGCCUGGUGCUCCAGGCUCUGAGGCGUGGGAUGAGGAACGUCUUGAACAUGCUCUAGACGAGCUCAAGCUCUUGCACAUCACGUUCCAAGCGUAUAUGGAGUCGGUGGCUGCGGCCAAGAAGGAAGUACAAGACUUUCAGGACUUGAGAAAGAGCGAGAAGAUCACGAAUAUUAUGGAACAUGCCGCACAACGCCGUAAAGAGGAGCCUAAUGGCAUCAAAGCAUGGCCCCGCAGCAAAUCAGUCACAAUGGCCGGAAACCGUGUCCAGUACCGCCGCCGUAACGGCUACAACACCUCCUCCAACCUCACCCGCAUCGUCAAGACCCCGGGUGGUGAGCUGAGAAUCCUUCACAUCAAGAAGCGCGGUACUGCCCCCAAGUGCGGUGACUGCGGUGUCAAGCUCCCUGGCGUCCCCGCCCUCCGCCCCCGCGAGUACUCCCAGAUCUCCAAGCCCAAGAAGACCGUCCAGCGCGCGUACGGUGGCUCGAGAUGCGGUAACUGCGUCCGUGAACGUAUCGUCCGUGCCUUCCUCAUUGAGGAGCAGAAGAUCGUCAAGAAGGUUCUCAAGGAGCAGAGCCAGAGCGAGAAGAAGAAAUAA